AUGGAUCCUGAGACAAAGCAAAAGUGGUACGGAUCUGAUCUGUUCCUCAAGCAAGAAAGGUCUUCUUCUUCUUCUUCUGGACCUGCUGCAGAAGCUGACUUGAGGAGCUUAAAAGUGGCUAAGACCGAUGAGUUCUUCUCUGCUUCCAAGGCAAUGCUGCUUCAGCAGCAGAGAUCUAAUAGUAAUGGUAAUGGCAGUGGUAGUCUCUUCCCUGACGGUCAGCACAUGCUCAGCUUCUCUUCCCCUUACUAUCACUACCCCUCAAGUACUUCUUACGCACAAAAUACAGAGAAAGAUGACAUGUUGAAGAAGAGAUGGGUUGUUAUUGAUCAUCUGGGCUAUACUUCAGGAGGGUUGAACUCUGCAAGCCUGCACGGGGCUUUAACAGGGAUGAGAGGGCCAUUCACUCCCUCACAGUGGAUGGAGCUGGAACACCAGGCUCUGAUCUAUAAGUACAUAAAUGCUAACAUCCCUAUUCCCUCUAAUCUUCUCUUCCCCAUCAGAAAAGCUCUCGAUUCUGCUGGCUUCUCUGCUUUUUCAGCAGCAACUCUUAGACCAAGCACUUGUGAGUUCCUCUCUAUCUCUCUCUCUCAUAUGCUUGUAUAUACUGUGUUGGUCAAAUCUAAUUUGGUUUAUGUUUCAAUACUUGGUCGUUGUGCAUUGAUAGUGGGAUGGGGAGGUUUCCAUCUGGGAUUCUCGAGCAACGCCGAUCCAGAACCGGGAAGGUGUCGGCGGACGGACGGGAAAAAGUGGAGGUGCUCUCGGGACGCCGUCGCCGACCAGAAGUACUGCGAACGGCACAUGAACAGGGGCCGCCACCGUUCAAGAAAGCCUGUGGAAAGCCACGCCGGUAAUUCCGCUGCCUCCGUCGCCGUCAAGUUUUCGCCGAUAGACUCCUCGUCGUCCUCACCGUCACUGGCGGUGGCCGUCGGAGGCGGCGCUUCCAACAGCCUUGCCGAACUGAAGAGCUUCCAGCCUCAACCCCAUCCCUCAUCUUCUGCCCACGUCAACAGGAUUCACGAAGCAACUGAAGGCCUCUCCAUCCUGUCUCCUCUCAGCCUGAAAGACAGUAACCCGUAUAACCCACCAUCCCGACCCGACUUCGGCGGGGUCUAUUCGGACUCUCUUCUGAACCCCCUGCAGAAACCACCCUCCGAGUCGCAUCAACCAUCUCACCGGUGCAUCGAGGACAACACCCAGCUCUCCAUAUCAAUCCCCACGGCCUCGGAUACGCUCGCUCUCUCCCCUCUCAGACUCUCCCGAGACCUCGAUCCGACUCAGAUGGAGCUCGGGCUCGGAUUCGGUUCUACCAUUACCGGUCAAACCCGAGGCAGGCAAACUGGAUACCCGUAA